AUGGACAUGAAGAGGAGGAUCCUCCUGGAGCUGAGGAACCGGACCCCGGCAGCUGUUCGAGAACUUGUCCUGGACAAUUGCAAAUCAAAUGAUGGGAAAAUUGAGGGCUUAACAGCUGAAUUUGUGAACUUAGAGUUCCUCAAUUUAAUAAAUGUAGGCUUGAUUUCAGUUUCGAAUCUUCCCAAACUACCUAAAUUGAAAAAGCUUGAGCUCAGUGACAAUAGAAUCUGUGGAGGUCUGGAUAUGUUAGCAGAAAAACUUGCAAUUCUUACACAUCUAAACUUAAGUGGAAAUAAACUGAAAGGUAUCAGCACCCUGGAACCUUUGAGAAAGUCGGAACGUCUGAGGAGCCUGGACCUGUUUAACUGUGAGGUCACUAACCUCAACGACUACCGAGAGUCUUCAGGCUCCUGCCCCAGCUGA